GCCGACCUGUCUGCUCUCAACAAGUCAUGGACGAUUGAACCCACUUGAUCCCAAUCCAACAAUCCCCUGCAUCACAGCCUCACCUUUGUUCCUAGCCCUUCUGAAAAACCUUCUCAACCCCAAACCCAACCUCUUUUUCUCUCUUCUAAUUCCCCCCACACCCAAUAUUUUUACUUCCUUUGCCUUCCUUCCCGGUCGUUAAUGCUUUAAUUAAUUACUUUCCCCAUAUAUUUAUCUGAUUUUUUUUUUCUUUCUGUGCAUCUCUCUUUGUUGGAUUUUGUUGCUUGGUUUCUCAUCUGAUUUUUAUCUGGGUGUCUCUUGAAAUGGGCAAAAAUCAAGCUUACAAAGCUAUGCAGAAAGCCAGGCUGGGCUCCAGCUCUGCUGCGCCUGACGAGAUUGAAGAUGGCAUGGUGGAUGGUUCAUUUCAUUCACCAGAGUGGCAUGCUGCUCGUUUGGCCAGUCUUAAAACCUCUCACACUAUCACCUGGGAAGAGUUCAAGAGGAAGCAAAAGGAAGAUGAGAUGAAAAAGGGGGAACUGGAAGCAGAUACAGAUAGAAUGAUGAGAGAGUACAGAGCUCAACUGGAUGCUGAAAGGGCACACAAGCUUGCCCAAGGAAAAAACCGCUCCAGAAGUAAAUCUAAUGACAGAAAAGAUAAGAAGGACAAAGAUUUAAAGAAACGUAGCAGCAGAAAGCGAAAGAUAUUAGAGACUCUGAAUAUAUGAACCCAUCCUCAUUUGUCAUAGCAGCAUUCGAGAAGGAGAUCUUCUGAGUCUAGCACCUCAAGUUCAUCCUCAGAUUCUUACAGGAGCGAAGAAGAUGAGAGAGAAUCAAGACGAGCUAAAUCUAGGUCUAAGAGAACAAAGAAGGAAAGGAAGCACAAGUCAAGAACCAAGCACUCUAGCAGUGAUGACGACGAGGCUGAUGGUCCAGUGCCACUUUCAAGAUUCUUUGAGAGCGUCAAGAGCUAACCACAUUGUUGAAGAUACUGUUGUACUCAUAAAAAUUCUGUUUCUACUAUAGCAGAUGAAUUCGAAUUUGUUCUUUCUCGAUUAGCGUUUAGCAAAUGUGGAUUGCAUUGUUUCUUGCC